GCAGGACUGUAGCAGAAACCAACUUCAAGGUUCGAUACACUCGUCGAGAGUAGCGAAUAUAGCACCACGAAAACCGCCCACAGAACCCCAAUUAUUCACAUUAAAAUCGCCCUUGCCGUUUUUCACGAAAACCUACAGUAUAGGGAGAUCCGCAAGCCACCUUGCCCCUUGCAUCAAUCAUGGCAGCGUCUGUGCGAUCGGAGCCCGGGCCCAAGUUCGGCAGGGCGACCUCGAGGGCCAGCGGCGUCCCCGCAGACGAUUCCGGGGAUCGAGCCUCCGGCAGCCUCGGAAACGAAUACUGCUACUCUCCUCUGCCGCAUCAUAGUAUUCGUCUGCUUCGUCUCAUGCCGCACAAAGACAAGGAGGCGCCUAUACGGUGCCAGCUCUUCGAGUACUCCCUGCAGGAACCAGGCCAAGGGAUACAUCUGUACGAGGCUCUGUCGUAUGUGUGGGGCUCUCAAGAGAACAAGCUGCCUAUCUAUCUCCAGUCAACCGACAGAGGCGGAUGCUCCUCCGCUACUCCUACCACCGGAGACGAUCAUUGCUUGCUCGUUACGGCAAACCUUCACAAAGCGUUGUCCUGUGUCCGGAAUCGUCUCCUUGAGCGCGUCUUGUGGAUAGAUGCCGUCUGCAUCGACCAGGGGAACGAGGACGAAAAGGGACGGCAGGUUCGAUCGAUGGCCAAGAUAUAUGCCAACGCCAGUCGCGUUAUUGUUUGGCUUGGAGAAGCGGUCGAUGACGGCGACCAAGCGCUUGAAGCAAUACGCAUGGCCGCCCGAGAGCACAUGGACCCCACGAUCUACCAGCCAGGUCACCAAGCAACCCACGCACAUCAGCCCGCAAAUUCCGCAAUAAACAGGCAAGCUGUUCUCAAGCUGCUCCAACGACCUUGGUUCCAACGCAUUUGGGUCCUUCAAGAGGUUGCUGCGGCUAGGAAUAUUGUGGUGAAAUGCGGUUCUGUGGAAAUCGACGGGCACGCAUUCUGCUCAGGCAUGGAUGCACUAAAGCCCUACCAAAGCUCUCAAGAACUGAGCAGCCUGAUUCGUUCCGUUGCCUAUCUCGUAAGGGGCGCAAGCUUCCGCCCCAGAUUUGAACACGGACUGGCGAGCAGCCAGGGGUUUUCUCUAGGUAUCCGCCCCUUAAGUGAGUUGGUGGAUAUGUACCACGACCGCAAAGCCACGGAACGUCGCGACAAGGUUUAUGCCUUGCUUGGCAUGAGCCUGGGUGAUCCAAGCGCAGCGGGAUUGUCAGCCAACUACGAGACCUCGUGGAAGGACGUUUUUCGGAAACUCAUCCAAUUUUGCCUUUCCGAUCAAGUGCGUGUUAGCACCUGGAACGCUUCGGAGGUGGCGGUGGUAGACGCCAAAGGCUACCUUCUCGGGGAAGUAACCUUGAUCCGUGAGGACUAUCUUCCUCAAAUCGGCAGACAGACUACAGGCGUCACUUGGAAGUGUGUGUCGGGUUAUUACGACACGGAAGAAAACCGGAGCUUCGAUUUCACCUUGCAAACCUCCGCAAAAACCAUCGAAAAAGGGGACUUCGUCUGUUUCAUAGAAGGAGCACCAACGCCUACCAUCGUCAGGCUACGCGACGGCUUUUGGACCAUUGUCAUGAUUGCACUUCCCCGGACCAACGAUCUGCCAAAGUGGACGGCUCCGAAAGCAAAAUUUCUAACCGAUUUCUUGCUUGUCUGGGACUGGGGUGGAGCUCGAAAGUCGCAAGCCGGAAACGACUACGGAGGCUUUAUAGGCAAUCGAGGGGCGCCCAAAUGCUCGAAAGAAGGGUGCAAAUUCCAAGACGCCAUCGGAUGGUGGAGUUUGGGGGUGUCGCUAAACGGAAUCGAACGAUACGGAGAGGCCGUACAGAAUCUCCGGAAGGCAGUGGGAAUUUCUAGUCUCGGAGCGGUAUCAAGGAGUGAGGGCAACACGGGACACGUGUGUUGGAGAGAGGAGGAUGAAAAUGCGAUGAUGGCAAUGAAUGAACUUGAUGGUAAAGGCGCUGCCAUGGAGGCGGGAUACAAGGAGCGCGGCUAUACGCCGCUGUGGUGGGCCGUCGAGGAGGGUUGCGAGGCGUUUACGCGGCUGCUGCUCGAAAACGGUGCCGGCGUUGAGGCGAAGAAAAGCCAGCACGAGCUGCUCCGCUCUGCUGUAAAGCAGGGGCACAAGGCGGUCGUAAGGCUGCUGGUGGAUCAAGGGGCCGAUAUUAAGGCGAAAAACAGGGAGAGGGACACGCCGCUGCACUUGGCCGCAUAUAAGGGGCACGAGGCGGUCGCGAGGCUGCUGGUGGAUCAAGGGGCCGAUAUCGAGGCGAAAAACGACUCCCGGCAAACGCCGCUGCACUUUACCGCAUAUAGCGGGCAAGAGGCGGUCGCGAGGCUGCUGGUGGAUCAAGGCGCCGAUAUUAAGGCGACAAACGAAUUCCAGCAAACGCCGCUGCACAUUGCCGCAAUGAGAGGGUACGAGGCGGUUACGAGGCUGCUGGUGGAUCAAGGCGCCGAUAUCGAGGCGAAAGACAGGCGCCAGCAAACGCCGCUGCACUUGGCCGCAUAUUACGGGCACGAGGCGGUCGCGAGGCUGCUGGUGGGUCAAGGCGCCGAUAUUAAGGCGAAAAACAGGGAGGGGGAAACGCCGCUGCACUUGGCCGCAUAUAAGGGGCACGAGGCAGUCGCGAGGCUGCUGGUGGAUCGAGGCGCCGAUAUCGAAGCGAAAGACAGUCUCUGGCAAACGCCGCUGCUACUUGCCGCAAGAAACGGGCACGAGGCGGUCGUGAAGCUUUUUAGAUCAUAG